AUGGGGUGCGGCAGGCGACGUAAAGCUUGCAAAAACCAGAGCCUUUCAUAUCUGUUCUGGGCGCUUGGCCUGGUGGUCCUCUCCUGGGAGCGACCACUUCGUUUGCUACACGGGUUCUCGUUGCCCCAAUCUGCAAUGCAAGUAUGGGUGGAGAGUGGCAAGAAGCAAGACGGGGUAGACCAUGUCCUCGGAGAGGACCUAGAAGUUGGUGAAGACGGGACGCUAAAGCUUGAAGGACGCGUCGUUGGGUGUGCCGUGGACGUGUCCACGGCGGAGGGCCAGUCGAAGGCGCGAUCCUUGGCCGGUUGCGUUGAGUGGAUUCUGCUCGAGUUUGGUGAGUGGACGAUGAUUCCUGUAGAAAACAUCGUGGCUGCAUGCAGCGGCGGGCCGACGCGAGUUGCAGCACGACUUCGCAGUGCCGAGCAGGUCGUUGGAGCAGCAUUUGCACUGCAAGUAGGCGCAGACGCCUUGCUUGUGCCACCAGAGGUCGUCGAGACGGCGCUGAUAGCUAAGUCCCAGCGUGGUGAGGUGGUGGAAGAGGAGGCGCCUGUGGAGCGCAGCAACUUCGAGCUCGAAGAUUUUGAAGUCCUCCGUCUCGGUGACGGAGGUGUUGGCCAAAGGGUCUGCGUUGACCUCACUUGCCUCUUAGACCUUGGUGAGGGCAUGUUGGUCGGGUCUUCCUCCUCAAGUUUAGCCCUCGUCCAUGGAGAGACGCUGCAGUCCGAUUUCGUUCCCUCGCGACCAUUCCGCGUGAAUGCUGGCGCAGUUCAUGCUUACAUUCUUAUGGCAGAUGGCUCGACAAAGUACUUGAGCGAGCUGCGUAUGGGUGACGCAGUAACCAUCGUGAGCUACAGUGGCCAAAAACGGGUCGGUGUGGUGGGCCGCUGCAAAGUGGAGCGCCGCCCAUUUCUUCUCCUCACCUGGAAGGAUGCAUCCGGCCGUGAGUCAGGGACACUACUGCAGCAAGCUGAAACGGUUCGUCUACUGCAAGCUUCCGGCGAUUGUGUGUCAGUGACAUCACUGCAGCCGGGCUCACGCAUCCUUGGCUGGAGCUCGGACGGAGCGCGCCACAUCGGAGCCAAGGUACCGGGGCAGAUCGCGGAGCACUGA